GAGCUGCGCCCGGCGGCUGGGAGGAGCCCGGGCCCGGCCGGGGCGGAGCCGGCAGGCGGGGGUGGAUCCCGGCAGUUCCGGGCUCCCCCUCAACCUGGCCGCCGCAGGACGCGGCGCAGCGGAUUCGGGACGAUGCAGCCGCCUCCCCGUAAGGUGAAAUUGACCCAGGAGGUGAAAGUGCGCUUCAUAGAGCAGCUGUCUAGCCUGCAGAGUAAGCAGCAGCGGGAGACCGAGCUGUUGGAGGACAUCAGGUCCUACAGCAAGCAGAGAUCUGCCAUCGAGCGGGAGUAUGGGCAGGCGCUGCAGAGGCUGGCGAGUCAGUUCCUGAAGAGAGACUGGCAGCGGGGCCGAAGUGAGACCAACGACUCCAGGAGUGCCUUUGCCGUCUGGAAGGGGGCAAUUGACAGCACAGUGUGCGCCGGGCAGGCCCGGGUGGCAGCCUCGGAGAAUUACCGCAGCCUGAGUCUGGAGGUGGCUAAAACCACCCGACUGUCCAAGGAGCACCUGCUCAAGAAGAGCACGGAGCAGCUGCAGAGGGUGCAGGCAGAGCUCCUGGAGACGGUGAAGGAAGUGGGCAAAGCCAAGAAGCGCUACAUGCAUCUACAGCGGGUCAGCGAGGUGGCCAAGGAGAAAGCGGCUGAUGUGGAGGCCCGGCUCCGGAAGAGCGACCAUGGCAUAUUCCACACGAAGGCCAGUUUGCAGAAGCUCAGCACCAAGUUUUCUGUGCAGCUGUCCGAGAACUCGCUGCAGCUGGUGGUGGCGCGGAACGAAUACCUGCUGACCCUGGGAGCUGCCAAUGCCCACCUGGGGCACUACUACCAUGUCGAGCUGCCUGCCGUCAUGAAGACCCUGGAUGGUGACCUGUACGAACGGCUCCGGGACCACCUGACUCUAGUCAGCCAGUCAGAACUAGAGGCCUGUCACGCCACACAGGAGCGGUUUCGGGGGAUCCUGGAGGCCUCCACACAGGUGUGCAGGGAGCAGAGCCUCCUCCUGUUCCUGCAGGAUAACACUGCCUUCACCCCAACUCCUGAGCAGCAGUUCCAGCCGUCGGGCGCCGACCACGUGUGCCUCCUGGAGGCGAGGAGUGGCAGCGCUGGGGAGAGCGGGCUGGAGAAGGAGGCGCGGCGCUGGGCCACCCGGGCAGCCAGAGACUACAAAAUAAAGACUCAUGGCAAGCAGGUUCUGCAGAGGAUGGAAGCCAGGAGGCAGCAGGCCCCUGAAGCGGAGAUGCCCGGCAUGGAGAGGAGGAUGGAAGAAGUGAGCGAGAACAUCCGGAAAGCAGAGGUCAGCAGAGUAAAGGCUGAUGCCCGACUGGUAUUGCUGCGCCAGGCCGGCCUAGACGUGGACACCUGGCUGGCGGGGGCCAUGGGGCAAGUCCUGGAGGAGCUGGAGCAGGAGCGACGGCUGAGCGAGGCCCGCAAGUCGGACAAGGAGUCGACCCCCACGGCAGAAGAGUUCGAUCUGGCAGAGUUUGACGAUUAUGACGACAAUGAGGAGCUCUUUGAGGAUGCCGGUCCCUGCCCUGGCACUGCCCGCAUCUACCCAUCCACUUGCAGGGUGUUCUUUGGGUACCAGGCCUGCCAGUCUGACGAGCUGUCCAUCCGCCAAGGCGAGGAGCUGGAGGUCAUUGAGGACGGCGAUGUGGAAGAAUGGGUCAAGGCUCGGAACCAGGCGGGGCAGGUGGGCUAUGUCCCUGAGAAGUACCUGCUGUUCCUGGAUGCCGUGGGGAGUGAGCGCAGGGCGCUGACUGGGAGCUGCCAGGAAGGCCCCUCCGAGACCACCUUGGAAAAGGAGCUCACUAGCAUUAUGACCAUGGACUUGGUGCUGGAGCCAGGAACAUGGCUGGUGCGAGCCCUCUACGAUUACGAGGGGCAGAGUGUGGAGGAGCUGACCUUUCCCGAGGGAGCCAUAAUCCGAGUGCUCCCCAGAGAGGAGGGGGAAGUGGACGAUGGCUUCUGGAAAGGGGACUUCAAUGGGCGCGUUGGGGUCUUCCCUUCACUGGUGGUGGAAGAAAUAACUGGAGUCAUAGGAGUGGCUGGGCAGGAGCUCCCAUCACCAUCUCCUCCGGCCUUCUCCCCUCCGGUCCUUGUGCCCAGUGCCGGGCUAGGCUGCCACCCCCUUCCCGAAGUGCUGCUGGGAGCCUGCAGGCAGGAUGGCGCAGUCAGUGGACCCAGCUCUCCGGACCUGGGAGCAGCACGCAUCCGCCCACUGCGAGCCCCGCCUCCACCCCCUGCCAAAGCCCCAGAACCCGAGCCUGAACCCCGCAUCAGCUGACGCUACCCAGCUGGGAGCGCAGUGUGUCACCCGAGCAAAACUGCUGCCACCGACUUCGCCACCCAGUGGGUGCACUGGCUUCCUACUGCUUCAGAGCCUUCCCACUCUUCCCUGGCCAGCAGCAGAAAUCCGGGGACAGUCCCACGGCGGGGAUGGGAGUGCUGGAGCUCACCCCUAGUGCGGCAGAGAGCCUGAUCAGCAGCCCAAGCUGCCUCUCUGCACCCCAAUGGGCUGAUCAUUCUGGAGGAGUCCUGGGGGAGCGUAGUCCCAGGGGAGUGCAGAGCACUACCGAAUGCAUGUUCCUCACUGCCCAGCGCUGAGGGGACUGGACAGUGGGUCCCCCAUCCCAGGAGACCUGCAGCGGCGGGAUGGAGAAGCACAUCUGCAGCCACUUCCCCUCCAGGCAGCUGCCAGCAGGGUGCUCCCACCCCUAGGCUUGGAGUGGGAAACGCAUCUGCCAGGAGGCUGGGGGCCUGUAGCCAGCGCUGUCUCCCUCCUCCUUUCACUGCCCACUUCCAACUGGCUCUCAGUUUUGCCAGACCCCCUGCCCCUGUCAUGUGUGAGCCAAGGAGCCCCUCCCAGCUGUGGGCAUGUGAGGGUUAAUCCUGCUCUUCCGGUGCGGGGUAUCUAGCAUCUCUUGCGCCCAUCUCGCCCCUCCCUGGCUCACCUGCUGCUAGCUGGCAUUUCUGCACAUUCCCCUGAAAGUCACCGAGAGACUUGCCCUGUGCCCUGUCCCCAGAGCUGGACUGCAGGUGAGCAUGGGGCAGGGCGGGAAGAACUGCACUAGGUGCCAGCGCACUGUGGCUGGGCCCAGCAGCGGCUGCUUCUGCUGAGCCGCUGUGUGUUCAGGCUGGUCCCUGGCUGCCUCGGCUGCCCUCCGCCUGUGCUGGGGAUGGCCUGGUCACUGGGCCCCAAUAAACAGAUUUCAUUCUG